AUCAAACACAACACAAGGCCCUCAAAUUUAUCACACACAAAGAAACACAUGCGUUUUUCCUCUGCUCUUCAAAAUCACAUAAACCUCUAUUAUUCCAAAUUUAUCCCUAACCGACUUCAUAUCCAGUCUCCAUUCCUCUUGGUUUUCUCGUAAUUUUCACAAACUCCCAUCCCUUUCUUGCACCGCAUCCCGCCGGCGAUCUGUCUUCUCCGUUUACGAUAAAAAUCUCUCUUAAUCAAUUGCAGUUAGGGCUCGUGACUUACUUCUAGAAUCUUCAGAUUUUCAAAAAUUAGGGUUUGGUUUUGGAUUCGAUUAGCGAUUGGUAAUCGACGAUUUUGAAAAAUUAGGGUUUUUACAGUUUCGAUUUUGUUAGGGUUUCAACUUCAAAAUUUUGAGAAGUCGGGGAUUUAGUGAGGAUGCCGAGAAGUUCCCGACACAAAUCGAGCAAGCAUAGCUCGAGAGAGUAUUCAGAUUCGGAGAAAAAUUCGAGCUUGAAAGAGAAAAAGGCGGCCGCUGCGGUGAAAGAGGAGAAUAUUAGCAAUAGUAGCAGUGUUAGGGUUUCGAGCGAGAAGAGAAAGUUAGAUUUGAAGGAGAAUAAAGAAAAUAAGGAAUCUUUAAAUGGGGAAUAUGUAGAGGAAUAUUCCUCCUCUUCGUCAAAGAGGAGAAAAGAUCGAGCAGAGGAAAAUAAUGAUAGGUGGAAUGGUGGAGAGGAUGAGAGAGGGGAGAAGAAGGGGAAGGAAAAAGGGAGCGAGGAGAGGUCGAAGAGUAGGAGGAGGGAUGAUAGCGUGGAGAAGAAGAGUGAGGGAAGGUAUAGGGAGAGUAGUAGAAAGGAGGAGAGGGAGAGGGAAAGGGAGAAGGAGAGGGAGAGGGAGAGGGAAAAGAAAGGAAAAGAGGGGAGAAGUGAGAAGCGGAUUGAGGUUGAGGAGUAUUCGCGUGGAGGAAAACAAGUUUCUGAAAAAACUGCAAAUGAUCAAUUGCGAAGUCCUGAAUCAGAGAACCAGUCUGAUAGACGUAUUAGGAGAAAGAGAGAUGAUUCUGUUGAUGGGGAUAAGCAACAGGAUGAUUGUGGAGAUGUAAAUGGAAAACGCUUAUCCUCAAGGGAGGAUGUUGUCAAGGAUGGAAAACCAAAGGAUGAGAAGCACAAUGAUGAUAGAUAUAGAGACAAGUACCAUGAAGACACGGGCAGGGAAAAUAGGCAUCGAGAUGAUAAGCAAAAAGAUGAGCGUGGUACAAGAGAUAACAUCAGGUCUGAUGAGAAGCAUGCAAGGGAUGAGAAGGAUGGUCCAGAAAUUCGGAAGAAAUCUAAGCCACAAGACGGUGAGCGUGAGCGUGAUCAUGAUCAUGAGUUUGAUAUUGUCCGUGACCGUGAUCAUGAUCGUAAUCGUGAUAGGGAACGAGACCGUGAUCGGGACCGAGAUAGGGAGCGGGAGCGAGACCGUGACAGAGACCAUGAACGUAAUCUUGACUAUGACGGGGCACAUAUUGAUGAUCGUAGUGCCAGAUACAAAGAUAGCAGGGGAAGGAAAAGAUCUCCUGAAGAUCAUGAUGACUAUAAUGAUACUAAAUCCAAGGGUAUAAAGGCACCUUAUCCUGACAUGGAAAAGAAAUCUUUGAGCAGUGGGAGAGUUGAGUCGGAUGACAGGGGAAGGUCUCAAUCACGGCAAGCCCAUCUAGAUAAUAAUGUUAGCGGUAAUAGACGGAGGACUUCCCCAGAUACCAGUUCACAUGGGGCUGUUGAAGAGUACAGGCAUUUCAAAGCAGAAGAAUCAAAGUACAGGGAUGCUGUGAUUGAACAGAGGUCGAAAGCAAGUUCUUCAAGAGAGGCUACUGAUUUCCCAGUAACAUCAGAGAGAGCAUCCAAGUAUAGGUCUUCUGAUAAACCUAUUAAAAUGGAUGAUGGCCAUCCGGGUGAGUUGUUGAUUGAGAGGUCUUCAAGUUCUAGAGCUUCACCCCGGGGCUUGGUUGACAGAUCCCCGUCAUCAAGCCAUGAGCGCAGAUAUGCAAACAGAACUGGUGUCAGGCACAGUGUUGACAUUGAAGAAUCAGCGAGGAGGAGAAGUGGUUCCAUCAGUGCUAGAGAUUUGCCCUCUGCUGAUGACAGACUAGGUCGGGAUUUACCUUUGGAGAAGCCUCUAUCAGAUGAGUCAACUCCAGCUGAUUCAUCCUUUUAUAAUAGAACUAAUCAGAACAAUUCUGCUUUGAUUCCUCCACAUGCCUUCAGGGGUGGAGGUGGCAGCCCAUCUUUUAUGGGUUCACUAGAAGAAGAUAGUAGAGUUAACACCCGCUACAAGAGAGGAGGCGGUGAUCCCAAUCUGGGAAGAGGUCAAGGAAAUGCUUGGAGAGGCACCCCAAACUGGUCUUCACCCAUGCCAAAUGGCUACAUGCCUUUCCAACAUGGGCCGCAUGGAGGUUUUCAAGCAAUGAUGCCCCAUUUUGCAUCUCCACCACUGUUCAGUGCCAGGCCUUCUAUGGAAAUUAACCACUCUGGGAUUCCUUACCACAUACCUGAUGCUGACAGGUUUUCUGGUCAUUUGAGACCACUUGGGUGGCAUAAUAUGAUGGAUGGGUCAGGACCUUCUCAAAUGCAUGGAUGGGAUGGAAAUAAUGGUGUGUUUAGGGAUGAACCACAUGCAUAUGGGCAAGAAUGGGACCAGAAUAGGCAUCAGUUGAAUGGCAGGGGGUGGGAAACUGGCACUGAUAUAUGGAAAACACAAAAUGGUGAUGUGAAUAUGGACUCGCCAGCAGCUUCUGUGAAAGAGGAUUUUCCAGUGCAGGCACCUAUGGAGAAUGUUUUGGCUGGACAAGUAGGUCACCAGUCGCAAAAUGAAAAUACUCAUCAAAAGGUCCAAGCAGAAAUUGUAGAAACAAAGUCAGCUGUUGCUUCAGCAAAAGAAUCUUUGAGGUCUAUGCCUAAAACUACCCAUGAGAAGAUGCCUGAUCCGCCUAAACUGCAAAGUAAUGAUAGGAGUCAUUUUGCCCGUGCUUAUCUCUCUAAGCUGGACAUUUCAACAGAACUUGCCAGUCCAGAGUUGUAUAGCCAAUGUAUGAGUUUGCUCAGCAUGGAGCAGGGUGCAAAUGCUGAUGAAGAUAUUGUUAUGCUCGUAAACUUGAAGGAUGGUGCAAGAGCAGUGCCAAAAAGUUUCGAUUCCAUUUACAGCCUUUCACUUCUUCCUGCCACAAAAGAUUCUGUUUUUCAGAGAGCCAUGGAUUACUACAAGAAGGAGAGAGUAGGUCUGAGGGGCUUGCCAAUUGUUAAUGGUGGAACAAUAAAUGCUAUUUCAACUACCAAAGUAAAAGAUGAGCCUAUUGAUGAUGGGCAAAAAGCAGAAGAACCGGUUUUAAAUCAGGAUGAAGAAAUGCAUGACGUUCCAAAGCUGAAUUUAGAUCAGAAGAAAGCUGAAGAUGUUCCACUUGCUGAUACCCAUGAGGAAUCGGUAGAACUUGUUUCGAAGGAUUAUGCUCAGGCUCGCACCCCCUCCCAGGAUUUUCCUGACCAAGCUCUUAGUCAAGAUAAUCUGGAAAAGCCUGUAGAAAUUCCUAGUGGUAAUAAGAUUGAUGGGGUGCCAUCUGAGCCGGGCAAUUCAGAAGGUGUAGAGGGAAGCAUCCCAAGCCCUGAUAAUGCAUCACAAGCUUCCUCCAUUUCACCUGCUGAAGGUGUAGAAGAUAAUGCUUUGCAAUGUGCUGAAGAAGGGCGGGGGUCUGGUGAUGCAAUAUGUGGUCCUUUAUUUUUUUCGGAUGAUUCUCUCAAGGCAUCUGGGGCUUUGAUGCCUGGAUCAAAUGAGUCUGAGUCGGUAAUUUUAAGUCGGAUACAUCAUUCUCCUGAAAGUACACAUUGAGACAAUUUCUCUAUGUUCUUUAAUGCGUUUUGCGUAAAAGUUAUUGUUUGCUUUCCCAAUUUUUGUUGCUUCUCUUUUUAUCAAGGAAUAAAAGGAAAUCUGCUCUUUGGUUCC